AUGUCUACGGCGGCGUCAGUUUCAUCCGAGUCGCAAAGGCCAUCAGCAUCAGCGGCACAACGCACGCAGGAGGCCAAAGAUGCAUUUACGGCUUCGCUGACCGCCGUUGGAGCCAGCAUUGAUGCCGAGCUGCAUGCCCGGGCAAAGAACAUACAUGCGAAUGCAAAGGCUCUGACAAAACAAGAGGACGAAGUGCGGAAGGCGACAAAGGGCUUGUGCAAAGAGAACGAUUCUUUGCAGAAGCUACUCGACAAAACCAAGAAAGAGGUGCAGAGUUUGGGCGAUUUGGACGAUAUCAUGGCGAAUCUGGACGCAGAUAUAGCCAUGAUUGAGGAAACCCUCAGGCUAGUGGAAGAGGACGAAGACGAACAGGUCCCGAAGAGCAACAUCUCGGAAAGCGGCAAAUAA